AUGUCUGCUCGUGUUAAUUCUUCAUCUAAAAAAUGGUGGACUCUAGUUAAGGGAGCUUUAGGAAAGAACAAGACGGCAUCGAUUCCUACUUUAAGAACAGAUCAAGGAGAGCAAAUCAAAGAUCUUGCUGAUAAGGCUGAAGUUUUGAAUCAAUACUUCGCACAGACAUGUACAAUGCCCAAAUCUUUAUGCGACAAACAGCUAUCAGCUUUUCCUGUUCGUACAACUAAGCAACUAACUAAAUGUGUUGUGUCGGAAAAUGAUGUCUUUAAAAUAUUAUCUCGUUUAAACAUCAACAAGGCGGGAGCUCCGGGAUUAAGUAACAGAGUACUUAGAGAACUAGCACCAGUUAUUGUGUCUCCUUUUGCACAGUUGAUUAAUGGUUCUUUUGCAUCAGAUGUGUUCCCAGCUUGUUGGAAACUUGGUUUCACCAAUGCUCCGUACAAAACUGGUGACGCACACUUGGAAAAAAAUUAUCGUCUCAUUACUCUACCACUCGCUCUCUCGAAAUGUGUACGUCAGUCAGGUUUUAAGAAACAAGAUGAAACUAUUACGCAAUUGCAUGAAAUUAUUCACUAUAUAAACAAAGGAAUGGAUGAGAAUGUUUUUGUCCAAGGUGUAUUUUUGGAUAUAAGCAAAGCCUUUGAUACUGUGUGGCAUCGUGGCUUGUUGCAUAAACUGGAAAGUUAUGGUAUUAAAGGGUCAUUACUGCAGUGGUUUAAAUCAUAUCUUUCAGACAGGCGGAUUGUUACUGUGGUUUCGGGUACAACCUCGACAGAGCGGAAAAUUAAUUCAGGUAUGCUGCAGGGUUCCGUGUUGGGGCCAUUACUGUUUUUGUUGUAUAUAAAUGAUAUUGAUGACAAUCUGGAGAACCUUUGUAAGUUGUUUGCUGAUGAUACCUGUAUUUUUGGCAGUGGUCGUGAUCUUAAGCUGUCAGUUGACGCGCUGAACAGAGAUUUGCAACGUUUGUCUGAGUGGUCUGAUACCUGGUCACUUUCGUUCAAUGUGAAGAAGUGUAAAUCGAUAUUAUUUAUGAAAAACCGCAGACUUGCCUCACCGACACUUGGUAUGAAUAAUAUUAAUAUUCCUUUGAGUGAUGUAGAUGAACAUGUCCAUUUAGGUUUGUUGUUCUCAACGGAUAUGACUUGGACUAAACACGUUGAUAGGCUUGUAGCCAAAGUUAAUAGUUUGAUAGGCGCUUGA